GCUUCGUAUUUUAUGUAUCUUGUUUUUAUGUCUUGUAUUAGUACAAGGUAUUUGAUUUUAGAAAGAAAUGCUUAAACGAUAUUUACAUCAAAUAGCCUCUCGAGUGGAUUACAUUGUUGCUCUUAAAUCACCUGUGUCUGAAAACUCAUACAAGGAGGCUAAAAAGGAUAUUGAGUCAAUGGGUGGCAAAGUAACCUAUGAAUUCCGAGCUGCUUUUAAGGCCGUACUUGCUUCUUUACCCAGUGAUCAUGUUAGCACAUUAAGCUCAAAGCCUUAUGUUGACUUUAUGGAAGAAGAUAAAUCAGUUCAUACUGCUUAGUUUAUAUUAUCGUGUGAUGUUUAUCCAAUAAAAUAUGUAUAUUUUUUAAACUA